AAGUGGUUGGAAGUGGAGGCGAGGAUCCCUCGCGUUAUCUGCUCCUUGGCUGCUUGCUUCCUUCCUUCUUUGGAGCCUCUGAAAUUCACAAGCUUGGUAGGGGAAAACCUUUUCUUUCUUUUCUUCAAGCUAAAGGGGAGAAAUUUUUGCGGAAACUGCAUCUGGGUCUUCAAUGGCAGGUUUGGUUUUACCAGAAUGCGGCCUUAGACCCUUCCCUAAAAUUUACCCUCGACCCAGAACUGGUUUACCGCCGACCACCGCCAACGCUAUCAAGAUUACACCUUUUCCGGUCUCUAAAGCGCAUAUUUUUGGUCCUUCAUUCAAGGUCUCGACUUGGUCGGGGGAUAGAAACUGGGCACUGAAUGUAAGUGCUCCAGUGAGGGUGCCCAGCACUGGGGGAGAUGAGAAAGAAAGGGAAAGAAUCAAGGGAAUGGAAGAUGAUGGGGAAUUCGAUCCUGGGGCUCCUCCGCCUUUCAGGUUGGCUGAUAUUAGGGCUGCUAUACCGAAACAUUGCUGGGUUAAGGAUCCUUGGAGAUCUAUGAGCUAUGUUCUGAGAGAUGUGGCUGUGGUUUUUGGAUUGGCUGCUGCCGCUGCUUACCUCAACAACUGGCUCGUUUGGCCUCUUUACUGGUUUGCGCAGGGAACCAUGUUCUGGGCACUCUUUGUUCUUGGUCAUGAUUGUGGUCAUGGUAGUUUCUCAAACAAUCCAACGUUGAACAGUGUGAUGGGUCAUCUUCUUCAUUCUUCAAUUCUCGUCCCUUACCAUGGAUGGAGAAUUAGCCACAGAACUCAUCAUCAGAACCAUGGGCAUGUUGAAAAUGAUGAAUCAUGGCAGCCAUUGUCUGAGAAAAUUUACAGGAGUUUGGAUGACGCAACCCGAAUGCUGAGGUUCACCUUGCCUUUCCCACUCCUUGCUUUCCCUGUCUAUCUGUGGGGUCGAAGUCCUGGAAAGAAGGGAUCCCAUUUCCAUCCAGACAGCGAUUUGUUUGUCCCCGGUGAAAGAAAAGAUGUUAUCACCUCCACUGCUAGUUGGCUAGCAAUGGUUGCACUGCUUGGGUAUUUAUCCUUUGCUAUGGGUCCUGUUCAGCUGCUUAAACUCUAUGGUGUUCCCUACUGGGUUUUUGUCAUGUGGUUGGAUUUGGUGACUUAUCUGCAUCACCAUGGCCAUGAGGAGAAACUUCCUUGGUACCGUGGAAAGGAAUGGAGUUAUUUUAGAGGAGGGCUAACGACUCUUGAUCGUGACUAUGGCUGGAUUAACAACAUCCACCAUGACAUCGGAACCCAUGUGAUUCAUCACCUCUUCCCCCAAAUCCCCCACUAUCACUUAAUUGAAGCGACCGAGGCAGCAAAGCCAGUGCUUGGAAAAUACUACCGGGAGCCAAAGAAAUCUGGUCCUCUCCCAUUUCACCUACUUGGAACUCUGAUAAGAAGCAUGAAGCAAGAUCACUACGUGAGCAAUGAAGGAGAUGUUGUCUAUUAUCAAGCUGACCCUCAACUACAUGGAUCUAAGAAAUCAGAUUGAAUUAUUUAAGUACUAGGCUACGAUGAAUUGUUUGAAGGUCUAAGGUCUAACCUAUUUGUAUCAUCACUUUUGGCUCUCAUUCUUCGCCUCAUUUAUUCUUUCCUCAUACUGGGAAGAGCCAUUCUAUUGCUGCAAGGCAAGCUGUAUAAUGAUGUAUGGUUUUAUCAUCAUCAAAGAAAAUCAUUCAUUUUAGCUUUCUAAUAUUUUCUCAGUGGUGGUGGUGUGUGUGGAUGAGUCAUGAGUGGGGAAGGUAUAUACUAGUCGCUCAGAGAUGCCAAGGAGUGGUGGUGGGACUAAUAAUUUGUUCUUGAAGCC